GUGGGGGAAAAGGGUGAGAGGAGAAGGUGCGUGAAGGGUGCCUUCAGCGUGGCUACAACUCACCCGUGGGUGGCCAUCCCUUAGCCACAUGGCCACCACUCUUCUACACGGCCACUAUUCUCCCACAUGGCCACCCCCUCUUCCUCGUGGCCACCAUUCUCCCACGUGGCCAUAACUCUGGAAUGUGGCCACCAUCCUCCAACGUGGGCGUGGCUCUCCAACGUGAUCACUACAUUCUAAAGCGGCCUAUACAUUUAAAUGUGUUAAUAUAUAAUAAUCUCCAAGAUAAAUCAAUUUUUGUUAUGCUAAUCAAUAACAAAUGCUAAACAACAAGUAAACCCGAACGAUGUAAUCAUCAUAUAGUAAUCGAGAACCAAUAACUACUGUCCUCUAGAAACAAUUCUAGUGUAUCCAGGGUUUUAAAUUCCUUUCCGCGUGAACGUUCAUCAACCAUAAAUCGAAAAAGAGAAAAACAAAUUAUAAAGACCCAACGCUAAUGAUUUUUUUAUAUUAAAUGAAACCUGAAAAUACGGGGAAUCCAUCCAGAGUGAAACGUCCUUUGCACUGAUCAACACCGUAAAAUUCUGAGGAGGCUAGAAGUGGAGAGUGAGUGAGUUUGCCUUUCCUACCAGGUCUCCCAAGGGCGCCGCCGUCUGGAGGGCUCCACCUCUACAGACUCACACAAACAUGGAUAUACUCCUCUGGGUCAUGUUCCUCACGCUCAUCAACACCCAAGGGUUCAAGUCCGCUGUGUCGCUCUCAGCUGCCCCAGAGAAAGUCUACACCGGGGUGCCUGUUGACUCCUCCAACAUCAUCCACACCGCCUUCACUACCUCCUCCAACACCACGUUGAUUCAACCCCCGCCAGUUUACCCCAGCUUCCAGACCCAGAAGGUGGGCACGGGUAGCUCCUCGGCCGUGUUCUCUCCUCCGGCGCGGUUCAACAACCAGGUCCUGCCUUCCUUCGCCAACACCACCUCCACUAAUGUGACAGUCAUCAGAGGCAAGACGGCCUACCUGCACUGCCACGUCCUCAAUAUUGGCACCAAAACGGUGUCUUGGGUGCGACACGAGGACAUCCACGUCCUGACGGUGGGUCGUCUCACCUUCACCAACGACGGCAGGUUCGAGGCCAUGAACAAGCCAGGCUCGGACGUCUGGUCCCUGCGGAUCAAGUUCCCUCAGCUCCGAGACUCCGGAAAGUACGAGUGUCAGGUGUCGACGCGGCCGUCCAGAGCUCGUAUCAUCACCCUUAAUGUGGUUGAGCCGAGGGCAGUGAUCCCGCCAGGACCCGAGCUGUACGUGGACCGCGGUUCGCCUCUCAACAUCACCUGCGUGGUGCCAGACAGCCCAGAGCCGCCAGAGAACGUCUUCUGGUAUCACCGGGAUAAGAUGGUGUCGUUCGACGGGUCGCGGCGAGGAGUCACCAUCACAACAGACAAGGGCCUCGUCACCACCAGCAUCCUCGUUAUCCCAGACGUCACGGCGCACGAUUCUGGUAUCUACAUCUGCGCGCCGCAAGGCAUGAAGGAAGCCUCUGUCAGAGUCAGUGUGUUAAACGGAGAACUCCCGCAGGCGAUGCAGACGGGAUCAACGUGUCGAGGCUGUGUGGGUUCGUGUCUCCUGCUGCUUGUCACCGUUAUCUACCACACGCUGCUGUGAUGGUCGGCGUCACGGCCCUCACCAGCCACCGCCUUCCGCCACACACUCCACGGAAGCAGACGUUCCGACAAAGGCGUUGCUACGAAGCAGAGUUCGUAGAGCAGCAGCAGCAGAAAGUGAGGAAGAGGAGCUUCAUAGCGUUCUUGGACUAUAUUUGCGAUACACUCCUAGUUUAUUGUGAUUGGUUAUUCUGAUUGGUCAGUGCCGGACUGUCGAGUGCUGAUGUUCCAGUUACUUAGAAGAGUUCUUGAGAGUCAUAAAUGCUUUUCAGAUUAUUUCCAUUUGUGUUCUGUAGUACAUUACGUUAGCGGCAUUGUGGCGGUACCUCGACGGUACAGUGGUGGUGGCGUGUCCCAUCCACUGUUCACUGACGAUGGCACACUGCCGGUGUACCACACUCUGGUACACUGACAGUGUGUCCCAUACAAUACACAACACCAGCCGUGUGAAUACUGUGAAUCAGGAAACCAGUGUAGCCACAUUUACUGACAGUGUUCCAGCUUUAUUUUUUUCCCAACUACUGUGCCUCAUGCUAUCCCCUUAUCAGUUUACGUUUGGGAACGUGUUUGUUUUAGUAUUUUUUACACUAUAGUAUUGUAAUGAUAGAAGGGAAGGGAAGGAGGAGUGAGGCAUUAUUUGUACUUUUAAAACUGAUGUUUGUAUUAUCUCUGGAUGUAAUGUAUGUGAGAGUUAUGGGGAAACAAUUACACGUUUCAAGGCUGUAUUGCCGAGGCAUUAAUAAGCCUUGGUUUUUAUUCCCAAUAACCUGAUCCUGAGGAGCCCUGAACGCAUGGCGUUUGUGUGUGUGUGUGUGUGUGUGUGUG